AUGGCUGCCCCAAGAGUUGCGAUUGUUGUCUACAGUAUGUAUGGCCAUGUCGCCAAAUUGGCAGAAUCCGUAAAGGGUGGCCUAGAGAAAGCCGGUGGCGCGGCCGCCAUAUAUCAAGUUCCAGAAACUCUUUCCGACGAGAUCCUAACGAAGAUGCAUGCUCCCGCCAAACCAGACUACCCCAUCAUCACCCCAGCCAAACUCACUGAAUUCGACGCGUUCAUUUUUGGCAUCCCCACUCGUUACGGGAACUUCCCUGCUCAAUGGAAGUCAUUCUGGGAUGCCACAGGUUCCCUGUGGGCUACCGGGGCACUGGCAGGAAAAUAUGCCGGAUUGUUCGUAUCCACCGGUACUCAAGGAGGUGGUCAGGAAUCCACAGCUUUGGCUAGCAUGUCUACUCUUGCUCAUCAUGGAAUCAUCUACGUUCCCCUUGGAUACGCGACCACCUUCAAACAGUUGACGAAUCUCGACGAAGUACACGGUGGAUCGCCCUGGGGAGCAGGUACCUUCGCGGCAGGCAAUGGUUCGCGCCAACCUUCUGCACUUGAGUUGGAAAUCGCCGAGCUUCAAGGGAAGAUGUUCUGGAGCACCGUUAGCAAGGUCAAGUUUUAG